AUGAGUUGCGACGAGUGUCCGAUCUGUCUGGAACAGCUGGACGAAAGUAGAAGUCGUUUGGUUGAAUGUGGCCAUGUCUAUCACUUCGAAUGCAUCAGAAGAUGGCAUCAGCAAUCUCAAGACUUAAAAUGCCCAACAUGCCGCAGACAGUCGCGACAUUUGGAGCAGAUAAUCUCAAAUGUGAAAGUGGACAUCCAGGAGUACUCUGCAGCAAAUCGGGUGAUUUCUGAAGUUUCGCAUGGUUUUAGCAACUUGGCACUGGAAUCGGAAGACCGUAGACGAAGCUGGACUUUGAGGUCAUUGGAAUGCGGAAUUUGUGGGAUUCUAAACUCAGAAAUUGGUCAUUAUUGUACUGCUUGCUAUACGGCAUACCAUGGGCGAUGUUUGCGGACGUUGCAGGCGGAGGUAGGCGAAAUCUUCACUAAUCUCUUUUGUUGCAAUUGCCAUGAGGCUUUUGCAAACUCCAACCAUGACGACAGCGCGAGAAGUAGAACUAUCCAGCCUUUCCUUCUGCCGCACGCACGAAGUCGGCCGUCUUCAGAAGCCACACGGCCGAACGGCGAUAGAUCGGAAGUCGACGAGUCAUGGAUGUUGCUGUCACGAUUGCGAGCGCAAGCACGAAUUCAGGCCAUUUCUAGCCACAAGCAAAGCAUACAGCAACACGUUCGAAGUGCUCUACAUUCUCAUUAUGACGGAGUUUCUUCCGGCUGCAAGGUCAUUGAUAAGAAACAAUUUACGGACAUCAACAAAUUAGUGUCACGGAGGCUUUACCGAAUGUCUGGUUACAUAUAUUGCCCCCAAACUAUCAACUACGAUAACGAAGCACAACGUUUGAUCCGAGAGGAACUGUCUAGGCUGUGUACAGAAACAUAA